ACUUCUGGCUCCGUCCGCAGACCGCGAUCACCAGCUCUGGCCAGACCCAGGGAGAGGUCUUGCGGGCGCGGGUGUGACGUGGAGGCUCUUCUGAACACAGACUGCCCGUGAGGGUUGUGAGCCCUUCCUAACUUCUCUAGACACCUGACAAACCCUGAACUCCCAGGUGCGGAAGAGACCUAGUCAUCACUCCUAGUUAUCCUUCAGCCCCUACACUUUGCUGCUGUGGAAAAAACUUCCGGAUGGUAUUGCUUCCUCAGCCUUGGAUUACCUUACUCUGGUUUUCCUGCCUCCCUCUUCAUCAGUGAGACUCAAGGCUGGACCAGGGCCCCCCAGGGCCAGCUAAGACUACACAGUGAGGCCCUGUCUCAACAGCAGCAGCAGCAACAACAACAAAAAGACUCUGGUGACCCCUCUUAAGAGCUGAGAAGCUUGAGGCAGCUGUGCUCGAAGAGAAGAUGGCUGAAUAGCAUUCAAGGGCCAGUACUAUUCCAAAACUAGAGGAAAAGUCCCACUAUCAAGAAAGAAAACAUAAGACCAGGACCUUUCCAUGGACCCUUCUCAGUACAUUCCAACAGCACAAACAAGGGUGUUCCCCUAAGACACAAAGGGCCUGAAAACACUAUCCUUUGUGAAGUGCCAUGGUGGUCAAGAAAAGCAGAGGUAGCUCCCAGCAGUUUUCUGGCCUGGGAGGACAGGGUGGUUGUACAGGUUUUGUAGGUAUGCUUGGAACUGCCCUGCUGUUCAUCAGCCUGCCAUGGGGGGCCCAAGUGAUGGCCAGUACCAAUAUCAGCACUGCUCUGGGCCACACAAGUGGUCACUAUUUGAGUAUUGGGGAUGGCUCAGUGACAGAGUUUGAUUUCCCUGAGAAGAGUGAGGGUAUCAUUGUGAUCACUAGCCAAUAUACUGGACAGGCCAAUGGGACAGGCCCCAGCCCCACACUUAAGGUUAUAUCCCUGGACACAGAAGUGCUGACCAUUAAGAAUGUGAGUGCCAUAACCUGGGGCAGUGGAGGUGGCUUCGUGGUGAGCAUCCACUCGGGUCUGGUUGGGCUGGCCCCACUCCACCUUCAGCUCAUGGAUCUCCAUGAGGCCCCACCCCUGCUGAUUGAAGAACGGAGAGAUUUCUGCAUCAGGGUGUCACCUACUGAAGACCUCCCUUCUGUUCUCAACACCAACUUGGGCCACUUCUCAGAGAACCCAAUACUCUACCUGCUUCUGCCUCUUAUCUUUGUCAACAAGUGUUCAUUUGGGUGCAAAGUGGAACUUGAAGUUUUGAAGGAGCUCCUACAGAGCCCCCAACCCAUGCUGUUGGGCCUCUUGGGCCAGUUUCUGGUCAUGCCCUUCUAUGCAUUCUUGAUGGCCAAAGUCUUCAUGCUACCCAAGGCCUUAGCUCUGGGCCUCAUCAUUACCUGUUCAUCACCUGGUGGUGGAGGGAGCUACCUCUUCAGUCUCCUCCUUGGAGGAGAUGUCACCCUGGCCAUCUCCAUGACUUUCAUCUCAACAGUAGCUGCUACUGGUCUCCUGCCACUCUCAUCAGCCAUCUACAGCUACCUUCUCAGCAUCCAUGAAACACUGCACGUGCCCAUUUCCAAGAUACUGGGGACCCUGCUAUUUAUUGCCGUCCCCAUAGCAGCAGGUGUAGUGAUCAAGUCUAAGCUCCCCAAGUUCUCUGAGCUACUGCUACAGGUCAUCAAGCCCUUCAGUUUUGUACUUCUCCUGGGUGGCCUAUUCCUGGCCUACCACAUGGGGGUCUUCAUCCUAGUGGGAGUCAGGUUUCCCAUUGUACUGGUGGGUUUCACAGUGCCUCUUGUUGGCCUCUUGGUGGGCUACAGCCUGGCCAUCUGCCUGAAGCUACCAGUGGCCCAGCGACGAACAGUCAGCAUUGAGGUAGGGGUGCAAAACAGCCUGCUAGCCUUAGCCAUGCUUCAGCUGUCUCUGCGCCGCCUUCAAGCUGACUAUGCCUCUCAGGCUCCUUUCAUUGUGGCACUGAGUGGCACCUCUGAGAUGCUGGCUUUGGUUAUUGGCCAGUUCAUCUACAGCAGCUUUUUUCCUGUUCCCUAAGCCCUCUGGAUCAAGUUUUAUAACCCCCAGUCCCCAUACUCCUCUCUUCCCACAGUUCAUGUGUACCAAAGGCCUUUAGUUCUCAUGUACUAUGCACUCACAAAUCCAGGCUUAUUUUUUUACUAUUUUCCCCCCAGCUUUCAGUGCCAAAGAGGCCAUGCUGAGUUAGAUAGUUGGGUAUUGCCCAGAAAUAUAUUUCAAUAAAAAAAAGCAAAAGAC